CCCACACUACAUUUCACUUACCACCGUGAAGGAGUGUAGGACCAAAAUGAAGGCCUUUAUUGUACUCUUAGUGUGUGUGGCAGCUGUGAGCUGCAAGCCAGCAGCUUCUGAGGAUGACGUCCUUGGAUCAGUCGUCGGGGUCGUCAAGAGUUGUGCCGAGGAAGAUGUCUGGAUGUGCAUUAAGGAAAAAUCGAUGAGAUUCCUAGAAAACGCGGCGUCUGCGCGGGAGUUGAAACUUGCUGAUGGCCUCGCGAUCUACAACCUCGGCACUUCUCGCUCUGCCAGGUCAUAUGAGCCUCUUCCUGAAGAACCUCAAGCUAGAGAAAACCAGGUGGAAGCCAGGCUAGUGGAUGCUGCUGCCGACUUCAUGGAGAACCAUGUCAUCCAGCUGCGCAUGCCUAAGAGCACUGUCGAGGAUAUGAAGAGGUCCCUUGAGGAAGGCCGUGGAAAGAAGAAGAAGCUGAAGCAGCUCCUCCCCAUCCUUGCCCUCCUCCAGCUGAAGAUUCAGUCCCUCAUCCCUCUGUUCCUCGGUAUCAUCGCCUUCGCUGCUGUCAAGGGUCUGAUGCUCGCCAAGGCUGCUCUCCUGGCCUCCGCUUUGGUCCUCCUCAAGAAACUCCUGUCGAAGAGUGAGCACCAUGAAAGCUACGAAGUCGUAGCUCACCCACACCAUGAAGAACACUUCAGUCACGGAGGUGGCGGCCACGGUGGUUGGGGCAGGUCUGCGGACGCCCAAAACCUGGCCUACAGCGCAUACUCCAACUAAAACCUAAGAUAGAUCUAAGUCCCAAGGGCCAUGGUUAAUCUUCAUGUACUUAGUUUGGACCUCAUAACGAUUUAAUUUAUUAUUUAAUAAUUUAUUUAAAUUAUUUUAUUGUUAAUUGUUGAACGAGUGAAUCUUGUCUCGAAUUGUUUCAUUAGCAUCGCCGAUUUCUUUUUAAAUCUUGACGUCUUUCCUUUACUUUAUUAUCACUACAAUGUACCUGUUUUUUAUUAUUAGUAUAAUUUUCUUAAAGUACAAAUGUAUUUACGAUAUCAAUAGCUUUAAUUAUUAUUUUUUGUUCACCUCUAACCGACUGGCAAAGCCAAGGAGGCUAUUAUUUUUUAUUUUAGUAUCAAUUAUCAAGUAUGUGUUCAUUUCCUACUAGUCGAUCUAUAUUUUCAUUUUCUUUAUUUACUUUUAUAUAGCUUUUGUAAAUAUGUUUCGUAUUGACGUAUAUAAGUAAAAUAUUAUUGUUUGCAUCUUCGUUUGUUGUUAUAUUAUAUGUAUUUAUACUAUGUAUAUAUUUAUCUUAGGUGAUGUCUUCGUGUGUACAAAUCUUUGCUCAUUCUUGUAGCUGUUAUAAUUUAUUAUGAACCACCCAAAUAAACUAAAUAUAACAGUUGUUUUAAUA